AUGCAAAAAGCAGAAUUGUUUAAAGAUCCACCAACUGUCACUGUUAUCUACGGCAUGGCGUGCAUGGGAAUCGAAGUGGACGCCAAAGACGAUGACGGUAACACUUGUCUUCAUCUGGUCGUAAAGAAAGAAGGAGCCUACCGGAUACUUAUUGCUCUUAUGAGAUGCGGAGUCGAUACGGAAAUACGAAAUAAAGAGGGAAAAACAGCAGAAGAUAUUUUACUGGAAGAAAAACCACCUGGUUGGGAAGAAAUGCUCAGCAAUUAUAACAAAUUUAAACCCGGUUUAUGGAACGCUCUUCAAGCAAGUAAAGUGAACCUUCGUCUAGUCGAACGUCUGCUUCAGUCAUGGUGUCGAGUAACUCUAAAAAAGAACGGCACUAUUAUCAAUCUGAAGUUGAUGGCGCAGCAGAACCCGCAUCACAUUCAAACUGUUCGGCUUUUGGAGAAAUACGAAAAUACUAUCGAAUUUGCUUUAGCAUGCCUCAGUGGUAGAUCCUGUAUCAUUAAAAGUUGGAUUUCAAAAGAUUUAAUGCAAAAUAUUGACAUCAACACAAUGGAUGUGUCAUACCAAAAACAUUUCAAAAAUACACCGGAAGUCAGUCGACCGUUGAUUGCAGCUAUUUGGGAAAUUGAUAAAUUAGCAAUGGUCGACAUUUUGAUGGAACUAAAAGUCGACGUCCAUGUUUUGUUUUCAGCUGAGAAAGAAAGAGACAAAACACUGAAGCCGCUUUUCUUCCAAUUGAUUUGUGGUGAGAAUAUCCCUGAGGACGAAAGAAUCAUCCACAGAGUAUUGAAAGAAUGCAAUAUGUUAUCGCGAAAUCGACAAGGGCAAACCAUAAUCUUCGAAGCCAUUAAACAUAGCAAGUCGCUUGAAUUUGUACAAAGUUUAUUUACCUACGGACUCAAUAUAGCAUUACGUGAUAAUGUUGGCCGCACCGCAAGAACUUUUGCAUUAAAGCAAAACAAACCCACUUAUGCCCGACUUAUAGACCAACAUGUUCUUCAAAUGGUUAUCUCAAAUUCAGCAGCUCAAAUCGAAGACUUAAUUCUCCGGUCAUAUGACCACCUGCUGGAUAUUACCGAUGCUAAUGGCCGGUCAGCCCUUGAUAUUGCUAGAGAAAUGGGAAACAGAGAAGUUGCCAGUUUGCUCAACAUGUGCAAAGUGACGCAGGAAACGGGCAAGUUGUUGUUUAAGGCAAUCAAGAAUGGUGACAGUUAUCAAGUGAAACAUAUGAUGUGCCAAAAUUUCAUCGCUCUCCGAGACAAAUGUGGACGGAACGUCCUUCACGUCGCUAUUUUGUACCAACAAACUGGAAUAGUUCAUUACCUCAUUAGCUCUUAUCCGUCUUUAUUAAACGAAGCCGAUAAUUCGGGUCGAUCACCGCUUCAUUAUAUUUAUGUGAAGUAUGAAGAUGAUCUUGAUAUUCAAGCUCAAGCAAAAUUACAUGACGCCAAUUACAACUGCAGAGACAAUAGAGGGAAGACCCCAGAAGAUUACAGUAACUGUUCCUGUGCCAUUCACCUUGCGUGUAUCAAAAAAGCCAUCGAAGAAUUUGACCUGGAAGUAUUCUUAGAAGAAACAGAUUUUGAGGAAGUAUUCUUUGCUGCCAUUAAAGACGGGAAAAUGGAAGUUGUAAAAGAACAAGUUCAGGGUCUGGAAGAGGUGGAAGGAGUCAGUCGUUAUAGUAGCCGAGCGCUGUUUGAAUGUUUGGACAGUAACCAAGUUGAACUGGCAAAAUACCUAGUUCUCCGAGGAUUUCGUACAAACAUCUGGAAACAGUAUGUGCCAUGUUCUUCCGACAAUCCCCUCUGCGGAAUGAUGGAAUGUGGGCAUACGGUCACUUAUUUCAAAGACAGGAUCAAAGAAUUGGCCAUGUAUGACCUACUCACAUUAGUGAACGAUGUCGAAUCAGGAAAGGUGAAACCUGCUCGUAAUCUUGAUGCCAAUUUUAAACUCAUCAUUUCAACGACUGUCCUCAAAUUCAAUACGCAAAAGCUUAAUCAGACGAAUUUGAAUGACCGAAAUUAA